AUGUUAAGAGAUAGGCUAGUGGCUGGUUUAAGGGAUAAAGGAAUACAACAUGUGUUAUUGGCAAAAACAGACACUACUUAUAAAGUCAUUUUGGAUGCAGCAUUAGUAGCAGAGGCAGCAUCUAAAGAUGUUAGCCAGCUUGGGUCAGACGGAAACAACAGCCAAAGGCGAGGCAGUCAGUUUAGUGAUAAAGAAGCUAAGCCUAUUUUUAUGUGGGCAAGACAGGUUCCUUUUGCAUGGAGAACAAAGGUAGAACAAGAGUUGAAUCGACUUCAUCAGUUAGGAGUUAUAGAACCAGUUAGAACUUCUAAGUGGGCCACUCCUGUGGUACCCGUUGCAAAACCAGAUGAAAGUGUACAUUUAUGUGGAGAUUACCGCUGCAUUGUAAACAGAGAGGCAAUAAAAGUAGAUGUAUAUCCAUUGCUGGCCAUUAACAAUAUACUUGCUUCAUUAUCUGGUGGAAAGAUGAAAAGAUUGCCAUUUGGAGUGAGUAGUUGUCCAGCUAUUUGCCAGAGAGAGAUGGAAAAGAUCGUAAGAGGUAUUCCAGGGACAACUGUGAUGAUAGAUGAUAUACUUGUCAUGGAACUCAAUGAAGAAGCCCUACAUCAAAAGUUGAGGAAAAUUUUUAACCGGAUUUCAGAAGCUGGACUAAAACUGAACAAAAGCAAAUGCCUAUUCAAGACAAACCAACUUAAAUUUUUAGGAUAUUUGAUAGAUGCUCAGGGCAUUCAACCCACACCGAAUAAAAUUGCGGCAAUCCAACAGGGCCCGAGAAACAAACAAGAGUUACAAGCAUUUUUUGGAUUUGUAAACUUCUAUGAUAUUAAACAGCUUUAUUUUGCUGAGAUAGUUUUAUUGAAAAACUAA